AAUCUACAUUGCAAAUGAACAUUAGUAUGCAAACUUGUGGUAACAACUGACAUCAUACUAAUUCAGCCAGUCAUGAAGUAGACAUGAUAUAUAUGGAAAUGUAGAACGAGGCACACAGGAAGCUGAUCCCAAUAUUUUCUGCUGAAACUAUCCAGAACGGUUAUUGUAUUCAAAUCAAAUCUUAGAUGAAGCAGUUAGCUCUGUUAGUAUGUGUUCUCUUGUAUGCAAGGAAUGUUGAUGCUCAAGCUAGAAAAGCAACACCAAAACCUGUAGCUGCUGGAGCUGUUGGCAAAAUGGAUAGAAACUGCUUUGAUAUGCCUCGAAGUGGUAUGUGUAUGGGUAUGUUUGUGCAACGAUGGUUUUUCAGUGAAGCUUCCGGUAGAUGUUUUAUGAAUCGAGGUUGCUUCUAUCAGGGAUUUUCAACCAUACGUGAAUGUAAUAAAGAAUGCAGGUGCAAACAACCUUUAAAUGAGGGAGCUGGAAGUGGAGGUUUCAACUGUGAACUGGAAGUACAAAAGUAUGCAUUUGUUGGAGAAGCAUGUACGCCAUUUAUGUAUACUGGUUGCGGCGGGAAUGGAAACAGAUUUAAUUCUAUAACACGGUGCAUGAACACGUGCAAAGUAAGAGAGUUUGAACAAAUGGAAAUGAUGGGAGAGUUCCCAAUGAUGGGACAGGGAGGUUUUGGUUUUAACCAUAUGGGUUGGAAUGGGGGGAAUAUGGGAAACAAUGGUGGCGGAUUUAGAAACGGAAUGAACCGACGAAACUUAAAUGGAAUGACUCCCAAUAAUAUGAACUCUAAUGGUAUGCGUUCUUCAAUGAAUAGUAUGGGAAAUCCUAGUAUGGGUAUGGGAAAUCCUGGCAUGGGUAUGAGAAAUUUUGGUAUGGGUAUGGGAAAUCCUAGUAUGGGUAUGGGGAAUUCUGGUGUGGGAAAUCCUAGUAUGGGUAUGGGGAAUUCUGGUGUGGGAAAUCCUAGUAUGGGUAUGGGGAAUUCUGGUGUGGGAAAUCCUAGUAUGGGUAUGACAAAUCAAAAUAUGGGAAUGAAGGGAUGGGGAAAUGGACAAAUGAGAAUGGGAAAUAAUAGAGGAAAUGGUAUGGGAAACAUGGGUACUACAAUGAGUAAUAUGAAUAACCAAAACUUAGGCUUGGCAAAUGCAAAUUCUGGAAUGGGAAGCCAAAAUUCUGGAACGGGUAUUACUCAACCUAACCCCCAAUCUAGAAGUUUUAUAACUGGCUCUACAUCAGGAGGUGUUACAAGUAAUAAGGCUAGUACGGGAAUAGCUAAUUCUGGCACGAAAAAUGUCCGAGAUCACAUUCUUGAUAAAAGUGCUAUGCCAAACCAAGGUAAUGGACAAAUGCCAGGUAUGACUAAUCCUGGCACAGGAUGGACUAACACAGGCAUGGGGCCUAUGAGAAACACGAACAAUCCUGGAAUGGGAAAUACUGGAUUGAAUAAUAACCCUACAGGAAACGUGGGAUCAGGGGGAGGAGGAAUGAAUAUGGUCCAAACUACACCCCCAGGGCAAAAUCAUAAUUUUGGCCAAGGAAAUUCAUUUUUUGGAUCAGCAGGAACUCGAUCACAAAGUUCAUUUGGAAAUAACAAUGCAAUGAAUCCUACUACAACAAUAAUGCCAGGUUCUACAAACAUGGCAACAUGGAUGUACAUGGGAAUUAAGUGAGACAUUUCAAUCAAUAGAAAAUAAAUUAUUUAAUUGUUUAUAAUAAACAAACUUAUUAUUUGCAGAACACCUUUAUUGUACUAAAAUUUGUAUGCAUAUGACAUACGUUUUUAAAAGAUAUGUAGCGAUUAUAUAUGAGUAUAAGAGAGUACCGAUAAAGUCGACGAUAGGAGCCGUCUUGUGUUUGCUGUAAGAUGUGGCCUCUUAAACUCGUCAUUGUAGACCUUCCACCAACUGUCAAGAUGAUGACCGCAAAUAAAGCUCUGUUCCAUUAAUAAA